AUAAGUAAAAUGAUUGAUGUUUAGAUGACAAAGACUGCAUCUGAAUAAAAUAAGUAAUGAAUUGACCAAAGAAUAAUCAAUAUGCAGGUCUUGGCAAGCAAGAGCAAGAUCUAUAUGGUCUUAGAAUACGUUACCGGUGGAGAGUUGUUUGACAGAAUUGUAUCUAAGGGAGGACUUCCUGAAGCUGGAGGAAGGAAGCUCUUUCAGCAGCUAAUUGGCAUCAGUUACUGCCAUAACAAAGGUGUCUUUCACAGGGAUCUCAAGUUAGAGUAUGUUCUUGUUGAUUCGAAAGGAAAUAUAAAGAUAUCUGACUUUGGCCUCAGUGCUCUUCCUCAGCAUUUUAGGGUAAAUGACGGGUUACUGCAUACAACCUGUGGAAGUCCAAACUAUGUUGCACCUGAAGUUCUUGCCAAUAGAGGUUAUGAUGGUGCUACUUCAGAUAUAUGGUCGUGCGGCGUUAUCUUGUAUGUAAUUCUCAUCGGAUACCUACCCUUUGAUGAUAGAAACCUUGCCAUUCUAUAUCAAAAGAUUUUCAAGGGAGAUGCCAAGAUACCAAAAUGGUUAUCACCUGGAGCUCAAAACAUGUUAAGGAGGAUUCUUGAACCAAAUCCUAUUAAACGAAUGACAAUGGUAGAUAUCAAAGCCGAUGAAUGGUUCAAACAAGAUUAUACUCCUGCGGAUCCUAAUGAUGAAGAUGAAGAUAUAUUCAUCGACGAUGAAGCCUUCUCAAUGCAAGAAGCGGUAUGA